ACACUGGUAGUUGUCAUGGCGAUGGAGUCAGCCUCGGCGUCUGCUCCAGGAGUUGUUGCCAUGGAGAUGCCGGCGCGAGGUGCGCUCGCGGUGGUUGAAGAAGACGAGGGUUACAGCGCGCCGGGGUCCGAGGAGCGACUACGGUACCGGCGAGGAGGAGGAGGGAGAAGGCGACGCGGGGUGCCGUUCAACCGGGGCGGCUACUACAUGCUGAUAGUGAUCGGGGAGAUCAGCACGGAGCCGCAGCUGAACGCCGCCAGAGCGCAGAUAGAGCGGGGAAUUCGAUCCUGGGACGUCGACCUCAAGUGCUGCGACCUUGAUCAGCAGCUGCAGCUGUUUAUAACUCGUCACUCCGCCCACUUCUCCUCCGAGGUCAGAGGACAAAGAACCCUUCACCACAGAAGUGACGUCCUAGAGACCGUGGUGCUCGUCAACCCUUCAGAAGACAACGUUGUGUCGGAGAUCCAGUCUCUCGUCACAGACUCUGCAGGACACAAGCUCCUGGUCUUGAGUGGACAGAGCUCAGAUCACGGAGGCGUUCUUCUUCAAACUGGGGUUUUCACCCACCAGACCUUUUCACGCAUCUUUGCUGAUCCCGGGGUCAGUGAAAUACUGGGCACAACAGCCCCCAAGCAGCAGGCUUCACUUACUGUGUCCUGCCGCGGGGAGGUGGGCUGGAGCUCCUUGGGACAACAGCAGACCCUGCAGAAGUUUCUGGAAUACAAACUAAACCCUGAGUCUGUUCUUCCCAAGAUGGAGGGCGUCACCGAGUUCACAGAGUACGUCUCUGAGACGGUCGACGUCCCUUCACCUUUUGACCUCCUGGAGCCGCCCACAUCCGGAGGCUUCUUAAAACUGUCCAAGCCGUGUUGCUACAUCUUUCCCGGCGGACGAGGAGACUCUGCUCUCUUUUCCGUGAACGGCUUCAACAUCUUAGUGGAUGGAGGCUCUGAACGAAAGUCAUGCUUCUGGAAGCUGGUUCGUCACUUGGACCGCAUUGACUCGGUGCUGCUCACACACAUCGGUGCUGACAACCUCCCGGGCAUCAAUGGUCUGCUUCAGAGAAAGAUAGCGGAACAGGAAGAGGAGCAGUCUCAGGGCUCCAUCAACUAUAGCGACUGGAUGAAGAACCUGAUCUCUCCUGAACUAGGCGUGGUGUUCUUCAACGUGCCUGAGAAGCUCCGCAUGCCAGAAUCUAAUCUUAAAGUGAAACGCAGCAUCGAAGAGGCCUCCCUGACUUUGCAGUACCUUAACAAACUAGGAAUCAAACCGGAGCCUCUCGCUCGAGUGGCCAGCAACACCAUUGAGCCCAUUACUCUGUUCCACAAGAUGGGAGUGGGCAGGUUAGACAUGUAUGUUCUCAACCCUGUCAAAGACAGUAAAGAGAUGCAGUUUUUAAUGCAGAAGUGGGCUGGCAACAGCAAGGCCAAAACUGGUAUUGUGCUGCCCAAUGGGAAAGAAGGAGAAAUAUCUGUGCCCUACCUGACAUCAGUAACAGCCUUAGUCGUCUGGCUUCCUGCCAACCCUGCAGAAAAGAUCAUCCGAGUGCUGUUCCCUGGGAAUGCACCACAGAACAAGAUCCUAGAGGGGCUGGAAAAAUUAAAGCACCUUGACUUCUUGCGCUAUCCUGUAGCCACACAAAAGGACAUUGCCUCCGGAGCUUCUCCCUCUGUUAUAAAACAAACCAAGUUAAAACAAAGAACAGACAGCAAAGAGAGCCUCAAGUCAUCCCCGAAGACUACUGCAAAAGCCUCAAAGAAAGAAACUGAAGGACAAGAUGAUGUGUCAGCCGCCACAGAGACAAAGAGUGACUCUGUCAAGGAAAAUAUGUCAGAGAAAAAAGACGAGACUAAGCCUACUAAAACUAUCAAGUCUAAAAGUGAUGUGCCAGAAAAGAAAAAACUCCUGAAAGAAAAAUCCUUAAAAAAGCACCCGAAGGAAAGGGUGUCAAAAAUGGAUGAGAAAAAGGACAAGGAAAAGAAAGAGAUCAAGAAAGUGAAGAGGGAUGACUCCGCUAAGAAAGAUGAAAAGAGAGAUGUUAAGUCCAGAGAUGACAAAAAGAAGGACGCAUCCAAACCAGAGCUGAGAAAAAUGACAAAGCCUGACCUGAAACCGUUUACACCAGAAGUCAGAAAGACAUUACACAAAGCUAAAGUGUCAAGUAAAGCAAAGACCGGAAAAGUCAAAGCAGCGAAGGCUUUACCUGCUGAGCCGAAGCCAGAGGAGCCGAAACCUGAAACUAUUCAACCUGAACCGAUAGAGAAUGGAGCUGUUGAGGGCACGUCUGUUCCCUCUUCCCCCAGAGACCUCUCCAAGGAUUUUGAAGACGUGGAAAAAGCUGUAACUGUAUCAGCAAAGCCUCAAGACGACUAUGAGCCGACAUCACAAAGCCUUACCCAAGAGAAGCAGGAUGCACAAGAAUCUAUCUCUGAAGUUCCACCUGCCGCAAAGUCUCCAGAAAAAGAGGCUUCAGCCUCAGACGCAGGAGCUGAAGUUGAAGAAAAAGACGAGGAGUUGAGAGAAAUCGAAGACGCUCAAAAGUUUGAGGAUGAAGGAGCAGCAUCUCAGGAUGAGGAAGAUGAGGAAGAGGAGGAAGGAGAGGCCCCAGCUGCUGAAAAGAAAACAGAAGAGGAGGAAGAAGAAGAUAUGGGAAUAGGUGAAGAGGAGGAUGAAGCAAAAUGGAAGGACGAUGGGCUCGACAGGAAACAUGAGUUGGAAGAAAUGGAGAAAUCAGAAAAUCUCUCAGCUAAGGUUGUGAUGAAAGAGGAGCUACAGAUGAUUCCAUCCGAGGAAGAGGAAGAGGAGGAGGAGGAGGCAGUGGAGAAAGCCGAACUGGAGGAGGUAGAAGAUUUAGAUGUAAUAGCAGAUGAAGAGAUCAAAUCUGAAGAUGGAAUUAAAGAAGAAAUGACUGCAGCUGAAGAAGAAGAGGAAGAGGAGGAGGGCUACCUGUCACAUGUCGGAGGGGCCACAGCUCCAAUAACCUCAGUAGUUCAGGGAGCCGCCGCAGCCGAACCCAUCUCCUACAUCCAAGACGAGACCAUCCCCGGCUACUCUGAGACGGAGCAGACCAUCUCUGACGAGGAGAUUCACGAGGAGGCAGAGGAGAGGAUACCACACCUUCAAUACGACGUCGGUACCUACGACAUCUCUGUUCCAGAUCAAACCGGAUCCUUUGUAAACAUUCACGGCAUGAGGGAAAUGCAAGCUGCGGCUAUAACCGAGAAAUGCUAUAUGCCAGGCGUGCAGGAGCAGGUAUCUGUGUUCACCAACAUCAUCACUGCUCCUCUGGCAGAAGAGGAGCAUGUGUCUUCUGCGACGUCCAUCACAGAGUAUGACAAAGUGUGCUCCUUCCCUACUUCUAUCGCCGAAGACCAUUCUGCGGCAUCUGUCGCAGCACCUGCAGCUGAGGAACCACUCAAAAGCCCCGUCACCCUGCCAACCCCACCUGACGCCAGCCAAGGCAAAGAGCAGCCACGCUCUGCAGAAACUCUUUCCCCACCUUCUUUAGAAGAAGACAAACAAUACAAGUCUCUAUCUGAAGACUUGCAGCUUCCUGUGGCAGAAUUGAAAAUGCCGGUUAAAGCUCCUGAAGCUCCCGAUGAAGAGGAGGAGGAGGAGGAAGAAGAAGAGGAGGAUGAAGACCAAACUCCUAAUGUUGAAAUUUCUCUUGAGAAACUCCAAGAGGGCUAUGCGUCAUCCCAAGUAUUACAGGGUAAAGAUAUCGAAAAGCUCGCUGGCUCAGUGUCUCCAGCUUUGAUACAAGACACCAAACCAGUCCAUCUACCAGUUGAAGAAGAGAAUAAAGAUGCUGCUGCACCAAAAGAUAUUUCAUCUGUUGUGCCUACUAGACCUUUUGGAUCAGACUCAGUGACUUCAGAGAGUGAAGAGCGCUGCUUCAGUCCGGAUGAUAUCACUGUGAAAAUGGCCUCCCCUCCACAGUCCGGACCACCGAGUGCAGCUCACUCUCCUCUUCGGCUGUCUCCAGUGGAAGACAAGAUUAAGGUCUUCCCGGAUUUGGAGCUGCAAAAGCAAGAGGAGCUCCUCGUUGUCGUCGCAGCAGCUGAAGACAAAACUAAAAAGAAAGAUGAAGCAGAUGUUGACAAACAGAAAGCAGAUCAGCUUGAAGAAGUCUCAACAUCUUUGGACGAACCAUUUGAGAAGGACAUAAAAGAGGUUCCAGAGAUGGAGUCAGAAAAAGAUGCCAAACAUGCAGAAACAAUCCCCACUAUUGUUGCAUCUUUACCAGAAGUUCAGUCACCCAUGUUAGGGAGGGAAUCCUUCAUCUCCUCUGGACAAAGUGAUGAAGAGCUUGACGCUAGGCUCAAAGAGAAGGACCCGAAAGUGCCUGUUCCAGGUACAGUUCAAGAGAGGGAGAGUAGUUUCCAUGAUGAUGAUGAUGAUGAUGAUGAUGAUGAUGAUGAUGAUGACAAAUCUGCAGUCAAAACCGUUAAGGCGGAGCAGGAGAAAGAAAAGGACGACACCUCGGAUGUCAUACAAAUGAAGGAUGAGCAAAAACAGAAAUCAGUCAUCCAGGAAGACUUUUCUACUAUUAUGUCCAUCACAGAUGAGGACGCGGGAGUAAAGGAUGACACCUCUGGUGUUAAACCCAUCAAAGAAGAGCAAACUGCAACGGCCACUGUUGAUAGCGCCAUUAACGAUGAACAGAAAGAGCCUGAAAAAGACCAAACUCCUGACACUACUGAAGAAGCACAGAUGGAAGGUGUUGCUUCUCAGGUCAAACAAAUCAAAGAUGAACAGAAGCAGAAAUAUGAUGACAUUGACCUCACACCUGAAGAUGUUGUUAAAGAAACUGAGUUUAAAAAGGGCCCUUUGUCUGAAAGUGAGAUUCUGAAAGAGGAGGAGAAAAAGACAGACAAGGGUGACAUUAGCUCUAUAAAGACUGAAGAAAAAGAAAGUGAAAAGGUCCACGCUACAGAUAUUAAGCCUGUUAAAGACGAGAUGGAGAAAGAGGUAAAGAAGGACGAUAUGCCCAUUAUUGAGGCUACUAAAGAUGAGAAGAACAAGGAGACGGAAACAUCUGAUAUCAAAGUGAUCGAGGAUAAGAAAGAGGAAAAACAGAUGGAAAAGAUAGAUGCCUCUGCUACCAAGCCUUUUACAGAUGAGCAGAGGGAAAGGGAGAAAGAGAUGAGUGACAUCACUGUUGCUAAGCCCCCCAAAGAAGAAGAACUGAUUAGUAAGGGUGAUACGUCUGCCGUUACCGUGAAAGAAGAAAAUGGGCAAGAGAUUUGUAAAGAUGCUAUCUCACCCAUCAGCCUCAUCACGGUAGAGGAACAGGAUGCUGCCAGGCCAACCACAGAGCAAAGCAAGGAUGACUCUUCCAUUUCCAAACCUACUAUGGAAGAAGACAAGAAGGAAGACACAAGUAAAGAUGAUACUGCUGCUUUCAAACUUACCAAGGCCGAGGAAAAAGAUCAACUUCCAAGUACGGAAGAUACUUCUGCUGUUAAACCAACACUUGGAGAGCAACAAGAGGAAAGUAAAGAGGAUACUGCUGCCAUCACAUUCACCAAGAUGGAGGAAGAGCAUGUAAAAGUAUGUAAAGAUGAGGACAAGGUAGACGCAAAAGAGACACUUAAGGAUGUCGUCAAACCAGUCAAGAUGGAGGAAGAGCAUGUAAAAGUAUGUAAAGAUGAGGACAAGGUAGACGCAAAAGAGACACUUAAGGAUGUCGUCAAACCAGUCAAGAUGGAGGAAGAGGAUGUGAUGAUGACCAAAGAUAUUUCCACUGUCACAACAUCCAAGGACGAGUUUGUUGCUAAACUCACCACGCUAGACGAAAAGGAGAAAGAUAUUUGUGCUGUCAAAUCAACGAUAGAAGAAGAAACAGAGAAAGCAGUAGAUAAAGAGGAAACUUUCACUGAGGAAGAAGUGUCAAUCCAAGAUAGUAGUGUUGCUAUCAAACCCAUCAAGGAAGAACAAGACACAGUAAUAAUUAAGGAUGACAUUUCUGGUAUCAAACCUACCAAGGAGGAAGAAAGCAAAGACACUGUUGGUGUAAAAACCCCUGCAGAUGAAGAGAACAAGGUAGAGUUGAAAGAUGUAACUGAUCCAGAAAUUCCAAAGGAUGACGGAGAGCAGAAGGAUGAUACUCCGGCCAAAAGCAUGAAGAAUGACAAAGAAGUGGAAAUAAGUGAUGGACAGAUACAAAUGCAGGAGGCUAAAGAGCAGGAAAAGACUGAUACCUCUGAUCACAUUCUGGAGGAAAUAAAGGAUAAAGAAGUUGAAAAAGAUGACGCAAGAAAGGAAAAAGAAACAGACUCCAGUUUUGAGCAACCCAAGGACACAAAAGAGAUUUCAACCAUCAAGGUAGAAGUCAAACAGGGCAGUUGUGAUGCUGAAUCCGUUAAACAGGAGACGGAGAAGUCUCCAACAUUCGGUGCUAAAGAUGAGGAAAAAGGGAAAUAUGAUUAUCCUUUUGAAUCUGAUCAAAAAGAGGUAGAUCUUCCCGUGUCUCAGACCUUGGAAGAGGAGAGAACUAAAAAGGAUGAUAUUUGUGACGUAAGGGAUAAGCAUAUGCAUGAAGAAACCUCUGAUGAGCUUACUGGAACUCAGAAAGAGAAGGAACCUUGUGGUGCUACAGCAAUAGAGAUGCAGCAAGACACUUCUGUGACUAUCCCAAGUAAAGAGCAAGAUAAACAGGCAAAGGAUGUUAUCAGUCAAGAAGAGAAGAUGGAGAAAGAGAAAGACGACACACAUGUUGCUGAACUGAGCAAAGAACAGAAAAUGGAAAAAGAACAAGAAAAAGAAUACACCUAUGAGACUGAUGACACCAAAGAUGAAAAGACAAAACCAGAAGAGGAUGAAAAGAUGAUUAAAGAAAAGGAUGUUGCUGACAAGAACACCGAUGAGAUGACCGAGAAAGACUCUGAUGCCGACCACACCAAAGAGGAGAAAUGGGAGCGAGAGGAAGUACAAGAGAAAGACCUGGAAAAAAACAUUAAACAACCUGCACAGACAGUCUUAGAAGAAGAAUCCAAGUCAGAUUACAAACCUGCAUUUGUGGUUCAGUCCUCUGAUGAAGACAGGGAAGAUGAAGAGGAGGAGGAGGACAUUUGUAUGGGAGGAGCAGGCUCCAGACCUCUGUCGGUAGAGCCGAGAAAAUCAGAACAUGACAUCUCAUCUGAAGGUCUGCAGUCAUCCCAAAAACCACAGGAAAGAGACGAAACUAAACCACCAAUAUCAGAGAAGACCACAGUGAUCAUACCAACUCUUACAAUGCAGGAGCCCUCUAUUGAUGAAGACGUCAAAGAGUUUGGCAAAGAAGAAUCCAGUCUUUCACCUGAAGCAGGCAAAGAUGUUGUGAAAGAAGAAACCACAGCUGCACCACUUGCCAAGCCAGAGCCCUCCUUUGAUAGUGUCACACUAAAGGAGGAUACUACCUCCAUUCCCACAAAAGAAACAGCUUCUGAUGUCCCCGCAUCUAAAGCGGAACCAAUGUCAGACUCAACCGAGAAAAAGUCUGCGUUGUCAACAGUAUCGAGUACUGACAGUCAACCCAGGAGCUCUACGCUCUCAAGCACGGAGAGCCAGUCCAGUGUGGAGGAAACGCCACAACAAGAGAAACAACUAUCGCCCCUGAUGAGCUCAGGAGUCGGUGCUACAGAAAAGAAGCUGGAGGACAAACCAGGAAAGGAGGCAGAGAGGGAGAUGGAGGGAGAACGAGAGGUAGCUUCUCCAGGAUUAUCACAGCCAUGCUCGUAUUUCAUGUUGGAUUCUGACGACGCCAGCCACACUGACAUUGUAAAAUCAGACACUGCGAAAAUGACCUCAGAGAAGGAAACGGUCAGUGGAAGCCUCGGAGGAGAAAAGCAAACCUUCGGUGCGUCCAAGUACGAUCCGUAUGAAAAGCCCAUUCCAAAGGAUCAUGACUUGGACAAUAGAGAAGAAAGUGAGGUUUCUUUAGGUUUUGAUCCCGCCUCUGAUAUGGGUCUCGAUGAUAACAGAAGAACAAGCCAGACAGAGGCUGGAGGAGCCAUGUUCCUCCUGGAUGAUCAGUACAAAGAAGAGCCUCUGUCCUUUAGUAGAGUCGACUACAGCCCGGUGUCCCUCACAGAGAGUGAAAGAAGCAGCCACCACAGUCCAAGUGCCUCAUCUCAAUAUGAAGACCGAGAGAAAGGCCAAGAGGAAGAGAGUGAGAGAGAAGAAAGACCAGAUACACCUUAUGUUGACAAGAGCUUCUCAUCAGUAGACAUGCAAGAUAACAAAAUGUCCCAGGCGUCUGAGUCUUAUUCUUUCAGUCCUAAAGAGGACAAACCUGAGAAAUCAGAGAAAGAGAAAGAGGAUAUGAUGGGAAGUGCUGCAGCAGCAGCGUAUCAAACAGGGGUGACAAGAGAAAGUGACACGGUUUCUACCAGUGCAUCUGUUCAAUCAGGAGACGUACCAUUAUUCGUCCUCAGCCUCAACGUCUGCCCCUUUGAGCCAACAGUUUGGAGACAAAGGAAGACGAAAAGGUGUCAGGAAAAGAUGAAAAGUCAGAGACUGCUAAAGACAGUGAAGUCGAAUGCGUGUAAAGACGGCACAGAGGAGAAGAAGGCAACAGCCGAUCCAAAGAUGUGUGAAAAAGCAGGAGAUGAUAAGAAAGGCGAUGCAGAAAGAGUAGAGGAGAAAAGCUCGUUGGAGAAGCCACCAGAGAGAUUAGAGGUCAGGAGAAGGAGCAGUAUAUCUGAUUGGGAGCUACUACAGAAGCCUGAAGACUGCCCAAGUGCCCCUCCUCCAGGUUAUGGUGAUGAUGAUGAUGAUGAUGAGGAUGAGGAAGCGAUGGAGUGGAUGACCAGUGUCCACGGAACCUCUAUGUCCUCCUCAAAAGAUACAUAUCGCACAGAAACCUCUAGCACAGGAGCCGUAAGGGCUGAUCGUCCCUGUGACUUGAACACCGGAGCCACCUCCUCUGCCUCCCAUCCAGGCUUCUCCUCCUGUGAAUACAAACAUCGCAAAGGAGAACUUUCUCCAUCGUUCAUCAACCCGAGCCCUCGUCCGCUCUCCAGUGAUGAGGGCGAGGGUGAGGAGGAAGGCCACAGUGACCACUCCCAGGAAGGGGACGAAGACGAUCAGGAACAACACUCUGUAAAAAGGAGGUCGCACAAACAGAGGCCCCACCACACUCCGAGUUACCAUGGAGAAACUGGACAGGGGCCACACCAGCUGCCCGGCGCCAUGUCAUCUGGUUUGGCCGUGACGCUAGCUGGAGAGGAAACACCUCCGACAUCAGUGAGCGAGUCGUUGCCUUCACAGUCAGAUUCUGACGUCCCUCCAGGAACCGAAGAGUGUCCGUCCAUAACAGCUGAAGGAAAUCUGGACUCGGACGAAGACGCUGAACAUCUGCCGGUGGACAAAUUAUCUGGAGCUGGUGGUGGUCACCAUCCUCCAUCACCAAGGUCGUCUCAGAAGACUCAUGAUCCCCCUCCCACCUCGAUGAAGGACCCUCAUCCCAACCCUCCUCACCCAGAUGUGUGCAUGGUAGAUCCAGAGGCUCUUCUCAAUGACCAUAGCAGCACAGAGAAACUUCUUAAAAAGGAGCACAAGACUACCAAGGGCCUCAGAAAGAGCAAACCCAAGUCGGCCUCCCCUGCCCGUAAGGGUGAAGUCAGGAAGAGGUCCUCUACUCCAGCGAAGCAGACCUCCAAGGACUCCACCUCACCUCGAUCAGCGUCCCUCAGGAGGAAGGACACAGACAGAAGCUCCAGGCUGAUCAAGAUGUCUGAAACUCAAGGCUCCAGGACUGAGAUCCUCAACCCGGGGAAAGGCUUGGUCAAUGGUGUCAAGAGCAGUUCUGGUACCAACCCCCAGAAAACUAGCACUGCAGUCCCCGCAGGACCCCCCGUCUAUGUUGACCUGGCCUAUGUGCCAAACCACUGCAGUGCCAAGAACGUAGACCAGGAAUUCUUCAAGAGAGUUCGAGCUUCAUACUACGUGGUGAGCGGGAACGACCCGGGCAGCGGAGAGCCCAGCCGUGGAGUCCUGGACGCCCUGCUGGAAGGCAAAUCUCAGUGGGGCACUAAUUUACAGGUGACUCUGAUCCCGACCCACGACACGGAGGUGACCCGGGACUGGUACCAGCAGACCCACGAGAGGCAGCAGGACCUGAACAUCAUGGUUCUGGCCUCCAGCAGCACCGUAGUCAUGCAGGACGAGUCCUUUUCUGCCUGCAAGAUCGAGUUCUGAGCUUCACGAUCCCCGCUGUGCUUUCCCGCCUCCCAUCCUCCCCGUCAUCUGUUCUCACUGGAGGUAGAGCGAGAGCGAACAGCACUCUCUGCUUCUUCAAAGCUUCUCGCUCUCAUGUUACCAGUCUCAAAUGCAUUUGCUGCAGCACUCAAUACACUAGAUUCUGUUAGCUGAAAUCAAAGUCUAAACUCUGGGUGUGCGCUCCCUGUUACAGUGGGGUACUCACGCAAACAAUACUUUACUUUUAUGUUUGUUUUCUUCUGUGACUUAACCGUCUGCCCUAACGCACCUCUUGUACGAAGCACUUACAUUUGUGGGAAAAAGCAUUUUCAAUAACAUAACCACGCUUUCUUUGCCACAUCUAACAGACAAAAGGAGACAAAUGCAUAACGCCACAGGAGAACUACAGAUUAGUUAAGUGUUGUUCUUACACUGUUGGUGUUGUUCAAUUUGUGAGGUAGUUUAAUUUGAGCCAAGUGGCACAUUUCUCAUCCAAAGGGCCACAUUAAGUGCCAAAACACUGUUAAAACAGAAGUUAACUUCUCAUCCAAAACGUCACCUAAAUGAAUCAGUGAUCAGUAAUUUGAUUAGACGCACAGUGUUUUAGAAGAGUAGACCUUUUUCUGUUUAUUUUCCAUCUGUGCACAUAAUAAAACUCAUCCUUUGGCAUUUCUGAUUAUGCUACAGUAGCUUUUGGAUUAACUCGAUUAAUGACAUAAAUUGAUGUUAUGUAAAAGACAAAAAAACAAAAACAAAAAAACACGUUCCUUCUCGUCAUUUGUGGUGAAGUUUUAGGAGGUGCCUGAAGUUGCCACUGUUUGAAAUCUUUCUUCUCGGCUUUCACAGCUUAGCUGGUGCAUGAUGCUUGCGUUUUAGCUCGGACUCUUUCAGAACUGCAUAGGGUUAACCCUUUCUUUAGCCAAGUGUGGAAUGCAGUAUAGUGUAGAUAGGUUACUACACUGUUUGGCUGUCUAUGCUCAAGUGAAUUCAAUAUGCGCCAGGCAGAAGGACGAUGUUUGUACACUAAUCAUAUCUCUGCUGGAUGUAAUGGUUCCUCUUUAAGUCUUAAUCAUGCUCUUUGUUGGUUGUAUGUACUCCAGUAUACAUAUAGGGUAAAUGUUUCUAUAUCAAUACAGAGGUUAUGUUAAAUAAAUGAUAUAUUUUGUGAUGAUGCAGCAAAUACUGAGGCGAACGCAGCGUUUUUGAUCAUGCAUUUGAGAAGAAGGUUUAAGUAACAUGAUCUGUCAUUUCCUCCUGUUCAGCUACAUUUUACCGUUUGUCAAUAUCUCAACGCGAUGGGAAAAGAACAAGCAGUGACCUGCGACUAAUGUAGCAAUGGAAGCUCGUCCGCUAGUCCCUUCAGAAGGAAGUGUUACGCCAGUGGGAACUGCAAUAUUUAUAUUUAUCACUGGGGUUAUCUUUCAGGAAAGAAAGUGUGAAGUUUGUUGCAGGAGGCUUCUCUCAUGUGCCUUUAGCUUGUGGUUUUGGAGAGAGGGGAUAUUUUAAGGAGUCAUUUUGAAGCAGAGACGGAAACCAGGGUGAAAUAGAGCGAUCAGUCCGUACAGCACACGCACGAACCACAUCCACACUCUAUACACUAAAUAACUUUGGAGCUCUUUAAUUCACGUCAGCAUUAAUUGCCACUUUAAAACAAAUAUGAAUGUAUUUGAGCAAAGUGUUGCACUAAAUAGGAAUGUAAUCUUCUGAGAGAUUAGAAGUGGGAUUUGUGUUUGUAGUUAAAGCGCAGAGAGUGAGUGCGGUGAUGGGAAAUAACUUUUAGUUGUAUUUUAAUGUACAAGACGUUCUUUAAUACGUACAUCUUAAUUCUGAAGCAAUUACCUAAAAAAUAAUCCCAGAGUAAUAGAAUGAGCAUGAAUGAUUACGAUUGUACUGGACGCAGAUAUAAAGUAGGAAUGUGUGUUUGUGUGUGAGCGUACGAUACACACUGAGAAGCUGAUUGUAUAACACGACUCGGUUUGUUUCAGUGACGUGGCGAGUGACUCUUCUGUGGUACGAAAGAAGAGAGAGUCGCUCAUAUGCUCACAUUGAAUAGCCAAGUUUUAUUUUCUUUGUUUAUAACCAAAUUUUACAAAGAAAAUAUACAUUUGCAAUUAAUUCUGGUUUAAUUUGGAUAUUUUUUAUUUUUUUAUUUUAUCUUAAUGAGAAAUACCUUUUUGCCAAGAUGGCUCAUCACAGGCUUGUUAUUUCUCUUGUUUAGUGAGGACUGAUAUGAGGCUAGGGGACGGGCCAGCCUGGGCGAUGGAGGAGGGGAGGCUUUCCAGAAAGGACUUAGUUUGAGCUAAUGAUGACAGAUUGGUGUCAGGAUGUUGCCAACUAAAAGCAGAGAGGAUCCUCUGCUUAGUUUAAUUUCUCUCAAUCUGAUCCAGAACAUGGAACAAACUCCACAGAGGCUCGAGCGUGUUGUCGGCGGGUGCUAGCCUGGCUCCAGUGCCAUUUCCUUUCUCUGUAAAAGUCGUAACGCUCACACUACCUUAUACCUCAUCUUCCAAAGCCUCCGUGCUCUUUGCUCUGCCUGGCCUCCCUUAACAUUAUGCAUGUCCAUUAUGCACUUUGUAAGCCUUGACAUGCAUCUCAUGCUUGUGAUGAUUCAGAGGCAGGCAUAGCUUCUCCUUUUUUUUUUUUAAUCCCACUGAGUUUGAUGGUUGUAUAUUAAACAGCUGGGCACGCACAAGUACACAAGUCUGGAGGGAGUUGAUUAACUGAAGGGCACAUUAAGACGCACUGAGGGGACAGGAGAGGUUCAAAAUGAGUCCCUUGAAAACAAGCAAAAAGUCCUUUGAUGUUGUCUUGAAAUGUGUCCGAGAAGCUUCUCAAUGUCCGGACCAGAUUGUGUGGACGUCGGAUAUGUUGUACCUACUGUCUUUGAAUAAUGUUUUUAAGUUGGCAGAUUCCAAAUACCCAGCCUUGAGAUUUUCAAGGCAUCAGUAGAACGCUGUGAAUCACUCAAUACCGAACUGUAUGAUUAUACAGAAGCUGAAUGCACUAUAGAGGAGAUCUAUUUUUCUGAAUGUAGAGUUGGUACUAGACAUGCGAAUGCUGAUGGAUCAAAAAACAAUAGAGACGAGAAAAGAAAAACAAAACACCAGCCUGGACAGAAAAUACGUUUUAGAGAACGAGAGCAGAUACUCUUUUCUGUUUCAACAACUUUAUCAUUGCAGUUAUGGUUCUGCUCCAGAGCAGAAAGGUUUGAUUUCUGACGUGACAGAAAGAAACGCAGAUCCCGUAAAACAAACAUCUUAACAGUAACUCAGAAAUAGUACUAACUAACGCAGCUGAUACUUUUUCCUUUUCCUGAAUAUGACUUGAAACACAUGCAGACUCAAAAUAAACAUCAAUGAAAUUAAACAAAUGCUACGUGUACAUUUAUGUACUGUGCACAGAUUUGUACAUAUCGCUCUGGAGAGAACAAAUCUGAAAGAUAUAACAAACGAUCCUUCUUGUGAUACCGGUUCAUUUUACCUGCUUUUAGUGACAGUAUGACGGCUCCUCGAACCAAGAGAACUACACAAAACGCUGACAAGAUACAGAAUGAAAUAAAAAAAUGGCAUCUUUCAGUUCGAUUUCAUCGCCAUACCUGCAUUGAAAUGAAGAUAUCAUUUGAUUACAAUAUGGUGUCAUCUGUCCAUCUAAUCUCUCUGCAUGUGAUUUAUUUAGUUAUAAUCCUGAAUGUAAUUGUUUAACAUGGAAAUGAUAAUAAAAAAUACAAUGCUAUUUUAAAGAGGUAUAUUUGAAAAAAGAAAAAAAAGCUAAUUGUCCUAACUGGUACUGAAAUGACCUACAGUAAAAUAAUAUUGGGCUGUGCUUUUAUUGUUUGCCCUAUUAACAUGUUGUUAAGAAGACGCUGUAUUGGUAGUUCUGUUUGAUUCUCUCUCUUUUUUUGCAUUGUAUUAAAUCUUAGUUAUGUUUUUCUUCCUCAGCGCAAUAUUCAAUAUCUCUCUGUCUCUUUAAAUCUAACUGGUAAAAAUAGAACUACUUCAGAUUCAUUGUAAAAGGGAAACAGCCUGGUGAUCAUCAAUAAAUACAUUUAAAUCUCA